AUGGAAUCCGAAGACUCCAAACGCAAAAAUUUAGCUGUUGGCCAACCCCAACUCGGAGCUGCCACACAGGUCAACCCGUCCCCAAAGUGCAAUGGGAGGGCCUCACCAUGGAGGCGACACCUUCUUGAUCGUGCCGCUCUCCCAGCCAGGUAAGUUUAUGAGUUACUGGCUCGUGGGAGGGGAUAAAACGAGAGAUUGCUUUUCGAGCGGGUUUGACCUAUGCGCGAGAGAGAAGAGACCGGUUUCUUUUGGAGAGAAACAAAGAAAAAACGUAAAUUGGCGCGAAAAUUUUCACUCAAGAUUGACAAAAUAAUUUUUUUUACUUACAAAAUUUUUAUGAAUUCAAUUAGGGGCUUUUGUCAUUCUUGGUUCCAUACCGAAACCGAAAAUCUAUUACUUAUUUAUAAUUUGCAAAAUUUAAUAAAAUAAGCUAAAUAAGCGUUAAGAUAAAAAAAAUAAAAAUGUAGAUUUGAUAAAAAACGAACAAAAAGUUUGGCAGUCCUUUGAAGAUUACGAAAUGUACUAACACAGCCCGAAAAAUGUUGUCCUCAAAGUAAUCCUUCAAAGGAUAACGUCAUUGUGACUGAAAAGGGCCGCAAAGUAGACUAUGUCAAGAAAAUACUUCAUUUUAACUUUGUCACAAAACGACAUCAAAUAAUGUUACAUUACCUAAAUACCAUCCGGUCGAAAAAAUCAAAAACUAAGGCCACUUUUUUGAUUUAAUCAAAGUCCGCAAAUAAAAAUCGAAAUGAAUUAUUUUGAGGUGUUCCUGCAAGAAUAUUGCACAGCUUUCUUUUUUGACAUCCGAUAUCUCUUGGAGAUGAAUUGGCCGAGUGUCUUUGAAUAGUUUCCGACAAAGAGUUAUAAAAUAGCCCUCGGGUCAAAAACAAUUGACCCGUUUUUUUCGAAACCGGUCAAAGUUUGAACUGGAUAAAAUUAUCAAAAAUCGUAAAAUUUCUCUAAAAAAUAUAUUAUUUAAACCAAAUGAUGAUAAAGACCUAGUGAAAUUAAAAUAUACAGAUAACGUAGUAAAGUUAAGAAUAGCAGGGUUGUCAACCUUUUACCGGACCUCGAAACGAGGCAGCCGUUUCGCGCCUAUCGGUUUUCAAAAGCGUUGAAUAGCGGCCCUUCAAACGAGGAGGAGAGCAGCAUCUGGAGAUCCUCGUUUUCGUAGUCAUUAACAAUCACAACAACCUUUUAUUGCGUUUUAUAUUCAAUUUAUAGUAUGGCCAAACACUAAAAGCAAUAAAACUUUAAUUAUUCGAGCAUGAAAAACCUUGGUUUAGGAUAAUGUUUGUAGACGAUGACUCUAAAUAAAAGAAUUUUAAUUCUUUAAAGCAUUAAAUUUACAGUACUUACUUAUUUUUAAAUUUUACAAAAUAUUGGAUAUACUUUACAUUUUUUUUCUUAUCUUAACCAACUUAUGCUUUUUGGAGGUACAAAUUGUAAGUGUAUCUGAACAGAACCUGAAAUUCGUAACUAACAAUAUGUCAUUAGAUUAAUAAGCAGAAAACAACAAUUUGCUGCUCGAAAACACAGACAUACCAUACUUCUUAGUUCACGUCUUUAAUUUGUUACCUUCUACAACAAAAAACAAACAUGAAUAAGUUGAUAUUUGAAGACCAUUAUCUAGAGCGACAAUUCAAAUGUAACAAUCCUGGAUUACAUUCAUCUAAACCACAUGAAAGCAUAGUACUGGGUGUUAUCCUUUUCUAUGCCUCUGUGGUGCUUACUGUAAGUUUGAACCUAAAUAAUUAAAAAAUAUGCCAUUAUAGAAUACCUAUAAUUUCAAUUUCAGAUUCUUUACAUAUUGUGCAUACUAAGUAUGGUGAUAUCCGAAAAUCGUCAUUCUUCCAGCUACAAGUUGAUGAUACUCCUAGGUACCUUCCACUUGAUCGGCCUUCAAACUGGAGGUCUUCUGGCAGCGAUCUUCAUGAUAAGAGGCAGUGUCUUCUGUGACGCCCCUUUAUAUCACUAUAUAUGUGCUGCAGUAGACCUAGCGACAUGGUGUGGGUCUACAGCGACAAUAAUUGUACUAACAAUCAACAGAACAUACCAAAUGUACAAUACGACGAAAUCAAAAAAAGUAUUUAGUGGUAAUCGCAUGUGCAUGUUGAUUGUGACGAUAUACAGCUACUCCUUCUUGGUGUUAACGUUUGCUCAUAGUGACAUCUUCGAACAAGAUGACAUAUAUCAUCAACCGAGUUCUCGUUACCUAUAUCAGAGUCAUGAAGUUGGUCAUUUCGUUUGUUGGAGUACUAUUAACAACGUCGGAGGAUUUUUUCUAGAUGCUAUUAGUAAUAUUGGGUUUAUUUACGUAUAUUUGACUCGUAUACGACCAUUCAAAACAGCUGCAUCAAAAACUGACAAAGUGGUAAGCUUUUACACUUAUAUCUACUGGGUAUUACAUUACCAGACUCAUAAGUAUAGCCCAAAGUUUUGUUAAUGAUAAACACAUAAUCAAUAUAUAUUGAUAAUUCAGAUGUACGCCCAGAUAUUCGUCAUUCAACUGGUCCAACUGAUCACAAAUGCAUGUUAUUCAUUAGAUUUUAUCGUCAGGGUUAA